AGCGGAGGUGAGCUUACGUUUUCAGUGUAGCCGCAGGUCAAGCCAUGUAUUAACGAUGAUUUACUCUUGGUGGUGUUGUGGCGUAGAGAGAAUAUGUGUCUUCUAAUAUCAACAACGUCGUUAUGCAAGUGGAAAGUAUAGGGUACAAAUGGCGGAGAACAACUCGAUAAAGAAUGUCACAUCUUGCACGCUCACCUCGCUCGAUCCUCAGUGUAACGGGGAGCGAUCAUGGCAUGUAUUCCUGCUAUCCAGCCUGGUAACGUUUGGAGCAGGGCUUGUAGUUAUCUUGGCUUUCCGAAUCGGGGCAUGUCUGUGUUGUCGAAAGAAGAAAAAAUCGGCCGGUACAAAAGUUACUCAAAAUGUACCCAAAUCAGCUCUUCUGCGAACCACAGAACAUGAGAUAGGAUGGAUGACCGAGGCAAAAGACUGGGCAGGAGAGCUUAUCUCAGGCCAAAGUACAACAGGGAGAAUUUUGGUUGGGUUGGUGUUCUUACUCAGUAUAGCCUCCCUCAUCAUCUAUUUUAUAGAUGCUUCAGAAAACACAUCAGUAGAGACUUGUGUUCCAUGGGCUAAAAGUACAACCCAGCAGGUUGACCUGGCAUUCAACGUCUUUUUUAUGAUUUACUUCUUUAUAAGGUUUGUGGCUGCCAAUGAUAAGCUAUGGUUUUGGCUGGAACUGUUUUCAUUUGUGGAUUAUUUUACCAUACCACCAUCCUUUGUGGCUAUAUACCUGGACAGGAACUGGCUAGGUCUGAGGUUCCUCAGAGCUUUACGCCUCGUCUCCAUACCUGAUAUCCUGCAGUAUUUAAACCUCCUUAAGACCAGCACUACAAUACGCCUCCAACUUGUGGCCUACUUUGUCAGUUUCUGUCUUGCUUCGGGUGGCAUCCUUCAUCUGGUCGAGAACUCAGGUGAUCCUUUCCCACCAUAUUAUUUUUGUAACAGUCAGAAACUUACGUAUUGGGAAUGUCUCUAUUUUCUGGUGGUUACCAUGACUACCGUUGGCUAUGGCGAUAUCAAUGCAGAAACCGUCCUAGGGCGCAUCUGUGUUGUCUUUUUUAUCAUGUUUGGCUUGGGAGUGUUUGCCAGCUUUACACCUGAAAUCUUCCUCAUUGUUGGACGAAGGCAGAAGUAUGGAGGUAUAUUCAAGAAAGAAAGGGGAAAAAAGCAUAUCAUAGUCUGUGGUCAUAUCACACAUGAUACUGUACAUAACUUCCUGAAGGACUUUCUUCACAAAGACAGAGAAGAUGUUGAUGUUGAAAUUGUCUUCAUUCACAAACAACUACCAGACCUGGAACUAGAAGGUCUAUUGAAGAGACACUUUACACAAGUGGAAUUUUUCAAGGGUACUGUGAUGGAUGCUAAUGAUUUAGAGAGAAUCAAGAUCCGUGAUGCAGACGCAUGCCUGGUACUGGCUAAUAAGUACUGCGAGGACCCUGACCAGGAGGAUGCUGCCAACAUCAUGAGGGUCAUCUCCAUCAAAAACUACUACUCUGAUAUCAAAGUCAUUGUCCAGCUUAUGCAGUAUCAUAACAAGGCAUACUUGUUGAAUAUCCCAAGCUGGGACUGGAAGCGAGGGGAUGACGCUGUGUGUAUUGCUGAGCUCAAGCUGGGCUUCAUUGCUCAGAGUUGCUUGGCUCCAGGGUUCUCCACCCUAAUGGCUAAUCUCUUCACUAUGAGGUCACACAAGCCAAAAAGGAGGUCAGCAUCAUCAGGACCUAAAUAUGCAAGGUCAAACAGAGUUCGUAGAAGUUUGAUGAAAUUUGUAUGGUCGACGGACAUGCCCAAGUGGCAGAACGACUACCUAAGGGGUACAUCCAUGGAGAUGUACACAGAAUAUCUCUCCAGCUCAUUCAAUGGCAUGACCUUUCCAGAGGCAGCAGAACUGUGUUUCAGUAAGCUGAAGUUACUGCUGAUAGCUAUAGAGGUACGCCAGGAUGGCCGAGAAAGCACACUGGCCAUUAACCCAGGUCCCAAGAUUAAGAUAGAGAAUGCCACGCAAGGCUUCUUCAUUGCCGAAUCCGCAGAAGAGGUCAAAAGAGCAUUUUACUAUUGCAAGAAUUGUCACAGUGAAGUCACAGAUGUGCGGGGUAUCAAGAAAUGCCGUUGUCGACCAUUGGCUAUGUUUAAGAAGGGAGCUGCCGCAGUGUUAGCGUUUUCUCGCGCCCACGGUGAGGGAAGCCAGGGAGGAACAGGGAAGCAGGAUAACUACUACAACUCUGAAUUCCAGAAUUUAGGACCGGGCUCAAGCCUCUCCAGUCUGGCAAAGUCUUCACCAACAAAUGUAUUCAAGGAAAAGAAUAAUUUCCGAAUGGCAGAUGACGACAGUGAAGAUGAUGUGGAUACGGAUGAUUCCAGUAAAAAUGUCUUGCUUGGGAAACGUCGGGCAGCUACAGAGGAGCGAUUGCCUCAAAGCUCGCGGCUUGCCCAGUUGGCUAGUCCCUCGAAACCCCUGUUACCAGUGCUUGACACGCUCCCUAGUGGAGAGGACAAUACAGCUAAAGAUGAGCUGGCAACAGCAGACGUCUGUAAGUUUGACUCCACCGGAAUGUUUCAUUGGUGUCCCGAUAGACCAAUUGAGGACACGCUAAUGGACCGUAAUCAAGCCUCCAUGACCGUCAUGAGCAACCAUGUGGUCGUCUGUCUAUUCGCUGAUGCUAAUUCACCGCUCAUAGGCUUGCGAAACUUGGUGAUGCCUCUGAGAGCUAGCAACUUUCACUACAACGAAUUGAAGCAUGUUGUGAUUGUGGGAGAUUUCAAGUACUUGCAGAGGGAGUGGAAAACGCUUCGUAACUUCCCCAAAAUCUCAGUUCUCCCGGAUAAACUUGAUUGCGAUGAUCCUUACCGGAAAACUGUCCUUCAUGGUUCGCCGCUAAACCGUGCCAAUCUGCGUGCAGUCAACAUUAACCUGUGUGAUAUGUGUGUAAUCCUAUCAGCCAAACAGAAGAGCCACGAUGACCCCCACCUUGUGGACAAGGAGGCCAUUCUCUGCUCCCUCAACAUCAAGGCCAUGACCUUUGAUGACAGUCUUGGCCUCCUGCAGAACUCCUUACCUAGUGUUGGCUUUCUUCCUCCUGGCUUCUCACCCCUGGGCAAUAUGGCGAGAUUUGGCAGGAGAGGGUCAACCUGUGGCUCAAAUGUGCCUAUUAUUACUGAACUAGCAAACGACUCCAAUGUGCAGUUUCUGGAUCAGGAUGAUGAUGAUGACCCAGACACAGAGCUUUACAUCACGCAGCCGUUUGCCUGUGGUACAGCUUUUGCUGUCAGCGUCCUAGAUUCGCUCAUGAGCACGAGCUACUUCAAUGACAACGCCCUGACACUGAUCCGAACCCUGAUCACAGGGGGCGCUACGCCGGAGUUAGAGCAGAUAUUAGCUGAGGGAGCGGGGAUGAGGGGUGGAUACAACACCCCAGCCCUGCUGGCUAACAGAGACAGGUGUAGGGUGGGGCAGAUCUCACUGUUUAAUGGACCCCUUGCUCAGUUUACAGAGUCAGGACGGUAUGGGGAUUUGUUCGUUAAAGCCCUGAAGACUUACGGUAUUUUAUGUAUCGGCCUGUACCGGUUUCGAGAUACUGCCGACUCUGAGAAGAGUCCGUCCUCCAAGCGUUAUGUGAUCACCAAUCCCCCUGAGGAUUUUCCCCUGCGAUCAACUGAUCAAGUGUUCUGUCUUUUACCUUGCCACUUUUCUCAGUCUACUUCAUCGUGUGACACCCACCAAAUUGACAAACAUUUUUUGUCUUCAGCCACUCCAUUGGCGAGAUUCAAAGAAAAUGAAGAAGGCACACAAGACUCCACCACAUAAACCCAUGUCCCCCUAGUGGUGAAUACCUAGAGCUCUCUCUGUGUAAGGGGGAGGUAAUAGCAGUAUAACGCCAAUGUAUAAUAUUGUAUGAUGAUGAAAAGCAACAUAAUGGAUAUUUACCAAGAUAAGCAAACUUGUAUAACAUCUGUAGUAGUUCUUAUGAUAGAAAAUAUUCCAAUUUAUUAAUAAUAUGUAUAUAUUGUAAACAAUAUAUAUGUACAGCUAUGUCUUCUUUUACAAAUCCCAGGAUAAGACAAACUGGCAAGACUGCUUUGAAGUACUUUGGCCCUGAUAUAUUGGUUGGUUUAUCUUGUGUUAUGGUGUGAAGAGCACAAAGGUGUCAAACUUAACACCCAUGUGCUAUAAAGGUCAUAUAGGCAGUGCUUGCUGUAAGGUCUGGAUAGUGCUGUUGGAAUGUUUUGUGACCUCCUGCAUCCAGACAAGACCUGAAAUAAACUAUCUGUUACUUGCGGUAUCCUUCUGCUGAUGAUAAGCACAUCUGAUCUUUCUACAUGAACUCUUUACACCAUGCUCAAUUAUUGGCAGACGGUUUGAUAGAUUAUAAAAACAUGUAUGUGUAAGUGAAUUUGUACUACCCUUUUUUUUAUCUCUUUGACAGUUCACUUUUUCUGCUGUUAAAUUUCUAACAGUUACACGUAUUUUUACUGCAAAUGUUCAUGAGAGUUUUUUUUUAUUGAAUCUUGCACUAUUUUAAUGUUGAAUGAAAAUAUACAUAUGGCUUGAUGCCAGCACAUAAAUUUGGAUUUCAGCACAUUCAUUGUUGUUUUUAUUCAUUAAGAUUUCUUUCUUUACUCUGAAGUCUGUUUGUUAUAUUUGUACAUGUACAUAUCCUUCCAUAGUCUACCACCCAAAUGACAACAUGUGGUUUAUCCUCAGUCUUGUGAGUUAAAUGUCUUGUGGUUGUAUUGAAAGUUGCCUUUUAUCUAAAGAUAAACUGUUGAGUCAAAUUAGAUGAAAACUAGCAAGCGGGCCUGUAAAUUUGCUGUUCCAACCAUCAUGGCUUGGAAUCCUCUCAUGUAAUUUGUCUUGUUAUUUUCUUGUAGUUUUAGGCAAUUCUACAUUGUGCUACUCUAGAUAUUCAAGGGCUUUGUGGAUCUCUGAGAAUGUCAGUCACUGUUGGCUAAUUAUAGCAGAUAAGCUGCCAGUGUACUCCACUACUUUGUGAUCAUGCAGGACUUGUUUUGCUACUGUAAAUUCACAUGAAUGGGUUUUAAUGUUUGUGAUAUCAUAUGAUAUAUUUUAUCUCUUUCAAAUUCGUUUCAUUUAUACUUUAGAUGUGUCGUUUUUUAUGAAUCUACCAGUGUGUGUGAUACGUCUGUGAUGCUUCAAGAGUAGAUAUCAUUGCUUGUUACUGCCGGUUAUUGUUUUUUUAAUUUUUAUGAAAAUUAAAAUUUUUAUUGGUAAUUUGUGCAGUCUGUGUAGUAUCGAAUGAGGUUCAUAGCCCAUUUGCAAAUGGUCAGAUUUGUUAGUUUCUGAUACACAGAUGUGUCAACAUUUCAGGACAUUUUGUUAUCCCAGACACAACUUCAGUCUUGUCAUGUGUUAGAUGUACUGUAAUUCUUCAACCUUUUCUUAUAGGUGACAAGGUGUUUAUUAAAGCAUUCUCUUAUGGCAUUAUUGUGAAGCCCUGAAAUUAGACAGUCCGACCAUUGUAGCUUUGUCUUCAAAAUAAGAUUAAAAGGCUGCAUAAGUCACACCGAAAGUUGCCCUUUCACAUGUGAAAGGAUUGAGGAAUUUGGUAAGUAAACCGUCAGCAGGCAGUUUGUAACUGUUACAAUGUACGCUUGUAACUGAUUUUGCCAGACCUUAUGUUCUUAGGCCUAACUGGUUAAGAUAAUUAACUUGCACCUAAAUUCCUACCAAUUAUGUAACUUACAGGUGAUGUUCGUUGGCCAGACUAUUGUGUUAGAUAGGGACAUUUUGAGAGCUUGCGUACAAUGCAUGGUUUGUGACAUGUACAUGGUACAGUGUGUACAUAGCAGGUUGAGAUCACUACAGUGGAAUAUACAGAUGAUCAACGGUUAAACUCAGCUGUGCUGUAAAAAUAGAUGACAGUUGUAAUGUUUGUAGUCAUAAUGCGAGAAUUAAAUACAGGAUUGUUUCAUUGAACAUGUCAUUAGUAAUUCCAGCGAACACAUCAGUUAGUAAGGUUAUACAUGAUGUAUUUACCAAAGGUUUUCAUUUGCUGUGAGCAUGGUCGCUGGAGCUAUCCAAAUGAAUCUCAUAUUUAUUGAGUUUUUGGGUAUAAAUUCACAUCUGAUGUGGAUGUUAUCUCUAGCUCAUUUCAGGUAUGGUUUUUUUUUUCCUGAAAUGAAGUUUCCUAAAAGUCACCCAGUUUGUUUCUCUUUUUUUUUUGGAUCAGAGAGGCAUUUUUAUUCUUAAAAUUUUACUAUGGCCUAAAAAAUAGUGGUGUAUUGACAUUAAAGCAUUGUAGUGGUGAAGUAUUGAGGUUACAUGCCAACCUUACAAGGUUGAGUUUUUACUGAAUUGGGAUGAAGGUUAGCUUAAUUGUGCACUUAGAACAUCUGACCUCUUGUAUCUGUUUUAAAAAGACAGAUAAAAAUCACAAUGGUUAACUUAUUAUUCUAUUACCAGUAAGAAGGCCAUGCAAAGCGUAGAUUUUACAGCUAUGUUCUGUGUCACUAAUAAAUCAUUGCGAUAUCAGCGAUCGGUACUGGUAUGGGGAAAGGAUUGUUAUAAAGCACUGGAUAAAUUAGCUCUAAUACCGGUCUCGUUCAUUAAUACCUGAGUAUUAUUUAGCAGUCAAACAAGGCUUACAAUUCUUAGUUUGCACUGCAGGUAGUAGGAAACUGUUUCACGUGUUUAUUUAGUAUAAGGUCUGUAUAUUUAGCUUUAAACUCCUGUUACUUCAAAAUCAGUUUUGAAGCAGUUUACUAUUUGCCCUCUCCAUGUAAUCAUCAUCUUGCUGCCAGAAAGGAUGAUGUGAGACAUCGAACUUGAUUAAAUGAAGAUGUAUGACCUUGGGUCUGUUGGCAUUCAAAUGACAUGUAUUCAUAGCUUGCCAUACAAUCACAUUAAGCUUUUGUGUAUUAAGCUGACAUUGUGCAUUCUCCACACAACCCUGGAAAACCACGAAUAAAUACUUACUUGUUCUUGUGUCUGGCCAAACAACCAGAAGGCUUUUAUCAGCUGUGCAUAAUGUCUUUAUAUCCAUGAGACGACUGUCAUUGUCGACAGUACUGAAAUAAGCCUCGUCAUUCCACGCCUGUUUCGUCUGUAAUCCCAGGAUUUCUCAUCGUCUGAUAUAUGUUGGUCUCCAAAAUGUUGACGGAGUUUUUUUUCCGUAAUGAAUUUUUAUCACAUCCAACUUUUAUGUAUGUAUGUUUGCUAAAUGGCUUACCCCACUGCGUUUGGAUUGUAUUAUUAUAAAAAUAAAUGAUUAGUUUUG